AUGCCUGCUUUUUCUGUUCGGCCAAUAUUGAUUCCUUCUCGUGGUGGUUUCCGGCGCUGUGGAUAUUCCGGAAAUCGUGUUCCGCCCGCGCCGGUUGAGAGACGGAUUCCCACGGCGAUCCUCAACGGGAACGUGGGCGUCUUCAACAACCUGAGCCUUUGCCAUUUGCGCACCAUCAAUUGGACGGAGAUCCUGGACGGGAAGGACGCCCGUCCCCUGUACCAGUACAACGCGACGAUGUCGGAGCGUCGAUGCGAGUGCGACGAGUCCUGCGACGGCCGGUGCUGGGGACCCGGGCCGGAUAAUUGCCAAAAAUUCUCCAAGAUUAAUUGCUCUCCGCAGUGCGAGCAGGGCCGCUGUUUCGGACCCGAACCCAGACAAUGCUGCAACUUGUUCUGCGCCGGCGGCUGCACGGGCCCAAAGCAAAGCGAAUGUCUGGUGAGUUCAUUUCCUUUUUUCCGGCUCUUUGUUCCGGAGCCGCCGCUUGUGGCCUGCCGUAAUUUCUAUGACGACGGAGAAUGCAAGGAAGAAUGUCCGCCGAUGCAGCGUUAUAACCCGACGACGUAUUCCUGGGAACCCAAUCCGGAAGGGAAGUACGCUUAUGGUGCCACUUGUGUCAAAAAAUGCCCAAAGCACCUCUUCAAGGACAACGGUGCCUGUGUUCGAUCAUGUCCCGCAAACAAAAUGUUGAACUUCUACGGUUCUUCGCACAUCCUCGCCAAAAGCUCCCCGCACAUCAGACCUUCGCAAAGUCGCGCCUUGUCAAUAAUAAGACUCUCUGCAACGAUUUGGCCGCCGUUCAAAAUGACGGUCCCGCAAUGCCCAAUGACGUGUUCGCCAACGAUUGCGAAACUCGUCAGCGCGAAGCUUCGAAAGGGUCGUCGGGACAUCAUUGCUUCAGCGACAACCAAGUGUUGA